GGAGAAGUUGCCGAAGCUAACGUUAGCUCAACGUUAACUGAAUGUUUCUCUGUUUCUGGUGAAUAAAACACAUCCAGAAGAUGAUGGAGUCUUGUUUUGGUGAGAAGCCAGAGAGAGUCGGUCCGGUGCUGGUGGACGACAUCAAGAGAGAUCUACUCGGUGAAUUCACUGCUUUACCUGCACAGGACAUCGUUCAGUCAGAAAACCUUCAGGUUUAUCUGAGAGUGAGACCAUUUACUGCAGCAGAGAGAGACAAGAGAGAGACACAGGACUGUGUGAACAUUGAGGGACCAGACACGGUGGUCCUCACGGCUCCCAGGACCUGUCAAUCAAACCGGCAGAGUGACAAGUCCCUCCCACAAACAGCACAGAGGUUCACCUUUACACAG